AUGACUGCUGACAAAAAGGUGAUCGCCGUGUUUGGUGCCACAGGGGCACAAGGAGGCUCGGUUGCUCGUUCUCUGCUUCUUAACCCUGGCUUCCACGUCCGCUGCAUUACUCGGAAUGCUACUUCAGCCAAAGCUCAAGACCUGGCCAAUCUGGGUGCAGAGGUUGUCCAGGCGCAUGGAUUCAAGAACGAGGAGCUGCUCAGCGCUUUUUGCGGCUGCUGGGCGGCUUUUGUCAACACGAACUCUGAGGAUCCGGAACUCACUGCAACUGGCCGCAACGACUUUGAUCUGGGGAGUAAUGUGGUUCGGUGCGCUGCUCGUGCCGGCGUCCAGCAUUUAGUCUACAGCUCCGCACCUUCUCCAGCCGUGUUGACCAACGGAGCUGUCACACUUCCGGCCCUGGACUUGAAAUGGAGGGUCGAACAGGUUGCACUCUCAGAAUCUUUCAAGACCGUCACCCCCAUCACCGCUGCAUGGUAUAUGGAAAACUGGUUCCAUGAUGGAUUUUCUGAUCUGUUUGGCGGCUUUCCAACAAUCCCCGACUCGGAAGGGUACUUAACUUACAGAAUUCCACCCUGGGGCGGCAAGGAAGACUUCCCUUGGAUCAGCAUAACGGAUGACUUUGGCGACCUAGUCCAUGGAGUUCUCCUCCGGCCGUUGCGCUGGAACCGUCGUCCCAUUCAGGGGACCAGUGCAAUUGCAUCCUCCGAAGAGGUUGUCCGCACGUUUAAGUCAGUCACUGGCAAGAAGGCAAGACACAUCCCACUUGAAGACCCCAAUGAUAUGAAAACUCUGGGGGAGCACUGGCGAGAGCAGGAACGAAAUGAAUUCUUUUUUACACCCAUCCGAGACGGUGAAUAUUUCUGCAAUGGCCCGACCGAAAUUGAGACUUCGACUGAACUCAAGAAGGCCGCAUUUGAGGCAAAGGGCCGACAGGGGAGGGAGACCCUCAUGACUGUGGCUGAAUUCUUCAAGCGCGAGUUUGUGAAUGUAUGA